AUGGUUGUGGUAGAUGAUGCUGUAUAUCCAUCUUCAUCUCACUAUCACCACACAACUCCUCAUCAUCGGAGGUUCCCAUCAAUCCCAACUAUAAAAGAAGUACCCAAUAGAGGAGCUUUUAAUCCAACUUAUCAUAAACAUAAUGCAUUUGAAUCUUCAACAAAACAAUAUCAGCAUGAGUAUAAACAUUUAAAUGAUGAAGGUGAUGAGAUCAUUUCCCCAGAAGGUAAAGCACCAACCAUAGUAUCAACAAUUAUAUCGCCAACUGUCACAAGGCAGCAUUCCUUCAAGAAAAAAAAGAGAUAUAUGUUAAGCUCAAGGGAAGUUAAAAAUCAUUUUUUUUAUCCUGUGAAAGCACCAAGAAGAAAAAGAUCAAGAAGAGGUAAAUUUAGAAACAGUGUGGAGUUAGAUGCUAGUAUGAACUAUGUCAAUAUUGACUCCUCAAUGUCAAAAGAUUUGUGUUUAAAUCAAAGAGUGAAAGCAUAUGAAAUUUCAUUGCCAGAAUUGAUCAAAAUAGAACCAGCAUUGAAAGAGACUACAAAAGCCAUAACUAUAGACUCAAAUAAUAAUUACAUCAUAUAUACACCAGAUCCAACAAUUGGUAAGAAUUCAGUGAUAUCAGAUGCAGAACAACUAUUAGAUCAAGAACUAUUGAAAUUAGGUACACCAAUUACAUUCAAUAAAGCAACUACUCCAGUUCUCCCACAAUACAAAUUCAAUAGACCAUUUUUCAACAGAUAUGAUACUUACCCAAUUGCUGGGAGCCAUCAACUAUUACGUACAAGAUCAUUGCCUUCAAAAUGGAGAAAAGAAGGCUUACAAGAUUUAUGGAAUCUAUACCUACGGCGUGUGGUUGCAGCAAGGAUCAUGUGGAGAUUAAAGCAUAUAUCAUCAGAGCCAAAUUUGAAACGUGCCAGACCUAGUUUCUCAAGCUCGGUGGAUACAGGGUUUUUCAUAAAUUCAUUAUUGAAGAAUAAUGAAAUGUUACCAGCUCAUAAUUCUAAAUCUUCAUCUGGUACCAUGAGUGAUGAUGAAGAAAGUGACAGUGAUGUUGAAGAGCCAAUCACUGAUGAUGAUCAUGAAAGUAGGAUAGAGAAUGAUGAUAGAACAAGUCAUACUUCAAGAGGAAGUCAUAGGUCAAGAGAAAGCACACAAGAGGUGUUGAGUUCCUUGGAAAGUUUGCUUGAUGACAUGAGGUCAAUUAUACAAUAG